AUGCAUAAAUUUAAGACAAUGAGUCGAUUAUACCAUGGAAAUCUGUCAGCGUGUGCGUUUGUCUGAAGAACAAGAUCUCAGAUAUUAGAGCAACCCACACCAAAUUAUAAUUUUCUUUAAGUUGAGCAAUUAUUUAGAAUGUAAGCGGUCUGUUCAUUACAGAUGAUCCAAUAUCUGAACUCCAAGGGAAGGCGCAGUAACGUCGCCGUGAAAAUAGCCUUAAACAUUUACCAGCUUAAAUUUGUAAUCAGCUGUGCUUGCGACAUACAUCUGUUAUAUUGGAUGAUCGAUACAUUCGCGCAAGUCUAAUUCUUGGAAGGCAGCGCGGAAAAAAGAAAACCUUUAAUACAUAACCAAAAUGACAAAUGAACAGACAAAACUGCGUCAAGAGAUCGAAGAACUCCAGGCGGCUCUGAAGGUUAAACAACAAUGCUUGCGCGACCUAGGGGAUACUUACUUAGAAAAUGGAACCAAAUCCACGUCGAGACUAAGCAAUGAUGAUAUUGCACGAUAUAGUCGCCAGCUCAUACUGGAUGACUUUGGGAUGAGCGGUCAGCUGAAGCUCAUAAACAGUGCUGUGCUUGUCGUUGGCAUGGGAGGACUGGGCUGUCCAGCCGCACAGUAUUUGGCAGCGGCUGGCUGUGGACACUUGGGACUGAUGGACUAUGACACGGUUGAACGAAAUAAUCUGCACCGUCAGACGCUGCAUGCAGAGUCACGUUGUGGUAUGUCAAAGACGGAGUCGGCGCGCAUUGCCCUCCUUGAUUUGAACCCACGUUGCGUCAUCACCUGUCACUCGCGUCUGCUGAAUAGUUCCAACGCUUUGCACAUCAUAGAAAAAUAUAACGUUGUAUUAGAUUGCAGUGAUAAUGUUGCCACCCGAUAUCUUUUAAAUGAUGCCUGUGUCAUGUUGAAAAAGCCUUUAGUCUCGGGCAGUGCACUCAAGAUGGAUGGCCAAUUAACAGUGUACAAUCACGGCGAACAUGGCCCUUGUUACCGUUGUAUCUACCCAGUGCCACCACCUCCUGAGGCCGUAACCAAUUGUGGUGAUGGUGGAAUCCUGGGUGCCAUAACUGGAACCAUUGGGGCAAUGCAAGCCCUGGAGGCAAUCAAAAUAAUUGCCGGCCUGGGCGACAUAUUGGCCGGGCGGCUUCUUAUUUUUGACGGAAGAUACUGUCAGUUCCGUAACGUAAAGAUAAGAAGCAAGCGCCCUAAUUGUCAUGUAUGUUCCAACCAACCUCUAAUUACUGCAUUAAUUGAUUACGAACUGUUUUGCGGGGCGCCUGCAAACGACAAAGAUAUUUCACAGAAGUUACUGACAGCUGAUCAACGCGUCAGCGUGAUUGAGUACCAGAAACUCCGAAAUUCACAAGAGCAUCUACUGAUUGAUGUGCGAAGCGCAGCUGAAUUUGAAAUAUGUCAGCUUCCUAAUGCCAUAAACAUACCAUUGGCUCAGAUCCUUAACGAUAACUAUGUCAACCAAUUGUCCUCCCAGCUUGAAAGCCGGAAAUUUGCUGUUUUGAUCGUGUGCAGGAGGGGUAAUGAUUCGCAAAUCGCGGUUCAGCACAUGAAAACUCGAUAUCCGGAUCAUUCAAUACGGGACUUGGAAGGUGGAUUGUAUGCCUGGACAAACCACAUUGAUCAAACGUUUCCAAUUUACUAAAAAAGAAAAUAAUAUACGUAUAAAUGAAAUGAUAUGAUAAC